UCAUUGACAGUCCUCAGGCGACCAUGCGGGUCAGGGGGAGGGGGUCUUCUCUUCCCUGGUGAGAAUACACGUUUCCAUACUUUUUUUUUCUGGCCUUAAAGCCUUCUUUGUGAGCGGUGACCAUAAAUACCAGCCCAUGGGCGCUCAGUCUGCUCACAGCCUGCUGCAGUCUGCUGUCUCAUACUUCGUCUUCAGCUUGCAGCAUGCAGAUCUUGAGCUGUGUACUCGUCUUGUCCUGCUGCGUUUGGGCAGCUGUUGCAAACAACCAGGAUGGACAAAACGCUGCUGAAGCGGGAAGGAGUAAAAUCACCUGGGAAGAACCCAUCCAGUUUGUUACGAAAACUAAGGACCGAUGCUCUAUGACGUUGACAGGACAUGGAGAGCUGACCAGGCUGCGCGUCUCCUGCGUGGGUCAGGAAGCUUCUUACUGGUGCGAGUAUGAGGGCAAGCCGGACGUCUGCCGCAACUACAACACCAACCCUCGCCACUUCUUCACACAGAUCAUGUGGGAGCUGCGCAAGUUGAACAGCGCCUGCCAGGGCCCACGAAUCCUCAAGCCUACCAUGUGUAAGAAAGCGUCGGAUGAAUCUCAGAUGGUCAUCACCGCUAGUUCCUCGUCCACUGUGGUACAGGCACCACUAAAACCACAAACCACACAAACCACAGCUACCAAGCAGGAGCAACCUAAACCUGAGCAGGCAAAACCUGAACCAUCUAUGAGCGCACCACGUUCUGAUCAAGCCAAGCCAGAACAGAAACCAAAUGCUGCAAAGCAAAAGCCAAGUAGACAAAAGCCUGCGAAACCUCAACCAACAAGACCUCCACCUGCCAGACCCACAAAGGCCAAAACAGAACUGGUCAAAGCAGAGGCAGUGAAACCUGUGGCAUCUAAACCAGGGACCAAAACAACAACAACGUUAAAGAAGAUCUUGGCACCAAAGGCAGCUACACAAGCACCUACAACAACCACUCCAGCACCCACGAGGUCAGCCGAGAGUCUGGCACAGCAGUACUGCUGGCAUGGCAUGCAGGACUUCUGCACCAAAGUCAUCGGCUGGUUCACAAAAUAAAUUUCUUGUUUCUUAUUAUCCCUCAGAUAAAUCCAGCUGGAAGAAGAACGUCACAAAGAAAAUCCUCACACAGUAGCCUGGAGCGAUUCUGUGGAAAGGCGAGAUCUCAUAGAAAGCAGAAGAGUGUACAGUGUAUGAAAUGGAAGAGAUUUCCGAUGGAUGUGUCGUGAAAACCCUCCGUCAUCAUACAUAGAUGUCAGCUGCACAGACCUUGAUUCCACUGUACCAACCUAAUGAAUUUUGUCUAAUGUAUUAAACAGGAUUUUUUUUAAACCUUAUGAUACCUCUCAGGUACGUCUCAUCCAGACAGAUUUUAGGAUUUGUUAUAAAUGUACAGUUAGACACACCUCUUCAGAGGCUUAGACAAAUACAGGGACUGAAUUGUUUUGUUCGCUAUACAAAUUAACCAGAUUACUUUUUUACUAAAGUAACCAGAUUAGUUUACUAACUAGUGUAGAAGAUGCAUACUUCACUGAAUGGUGAAACCAUGUAUGAAUGUCUGCAAGUAUGAUGAAUAAAUGUUGACAUUUUUUUAUAUAUAUAUAUUUGUCUAUGGUUGGUGAAACGUACAGCAGAGGGCACUGGUGGGUUGUUAGCCGAAAAUAAAGAAGGAGUGCAAAUUUUAAUUGAAAAGAAGUGUUUGUAAUGAGGACUUUAAUCUCAUUAACAUGAACUAAUUAUAAUAUAAGAUUCUAUAAUGUAAUAGUGUUAUUAUAUAUGGUGGCGUCCAAAAGGCUGAGACAGUGACUUGGAUGAAAAUAUACAUCACAGAUUGGCUUGUUGCUGAUGAAUAUGGAGGGUCCCAUGGUUUAUUCCCAUGUUUUAUCUAUCUAUCUAUCUAUCUAUCUAU